AUGACUCGGCUUUUCCACGCAACCAGCGAAGCGGCUGCUCGGAACAUCGCGAGGGACGGCGAGCUGUGCCCGGGUCGGGCGGGGUUUCUGGGCGGGGCAAUCUACUUCUCCCGGUCGCCCCAUGCAGCGUGCCGCAAGUGCCGCUGCGGGGUGGCAGAGGUCAUCAUCGAGUGCGAAGUGGACCUCGGCCACCUGCUGGAGGUGGAGCAGCACUCGGCCCAGAUCGAGGACGUCCUUGCUAUGGGCUACGACUCGGCUGUGGUCAUAGGCCUCGAUGUCUUCGCUGUUCUCGAUCCGGAGAGGGUGCAGAUCUUGAGCUACCAUGAUGCGGACGACGUCAGCGAGCUUGAAGGC